AUUCUGAGUGUGCCCUUCGGGAGAGAUGGCACCGCCUUCAGUGAAGACCGCUUCGAAGGCUUGCGGAAAGCACCAAGGGACUGUCCUGGACAGCGCUGGGAAACUCGACUUUGGCGAGUUCGAGCUGCAGCUCUUCGACAGCCGCUACAUGAACAAGCGGUCGCAGACAUCUGACUCGGUGAAACUGGGAAGCUGGCUGAAGCCGUCGUGCAUUCCCAUCACCAUCAUCCUCUUGCUCAUUGUCCUCGUCGUCCUCUUCCCGCUCCUGGGCCACUCGCGGGACGGUGGCUUCGCGUCCAAGAGCGCCGGCAAUGACGGCAAACCUAUCAACUGCCUCGACUCAUGCUCAUUCACUCUCUUGGAAAGCAUACCCGAGAACUUGACGUUUCCUUCCGGAUCCCCGUCGCAUGUGAGCACUUAUGACGGCUGGAAGACUCUACUACAGCUGGCCACGAAAGAGAUCAAGAUAGCCUCCUUUUACUGGACUCUUCGCGGAAGCGACAUUUACGAAGACCCCUCCGAUUGGCAGGGUGAAGACAUAUUUAAGGAAAUCGUCGCAGCCGGCAAGAAUCGGUCCAUUGACAUCAAAAUUGCUCAGAACAUGCCAAAAGAGAGGGAACCAAAUCUCGAUACACAAGACCUCGUUAAACAAGGUAUCGCAACUGUGAGGAGUGUCGACUUCGACCACCUCAUGGGUGCUGGUGUACUCCACACGAAAUUUUGGAUAGUGGACAACAAGCACAUCUAUGUGGGAAGUGCCAACAUGGACUGGAGGUCUCUGACUCAGGUGAAGGAGCUUGGUGCUCUGAUCUUGAACUGCGGCUGCCUUGCCAAGGACUUGGACAAGGUGUUCCAGGUGUACUGGGACCUCGGUGUUCCGAACGCCACAGUUCCUGCCCACUGGCCUGCGGAGCUCAGCACUGACAUCAACGUCGAGACACCGGCCCAUGUUGACUUCAACGGCACGUCAACACAGACAUACUUUUCGAGUUCCCCGCCACCUUUCUGUCCCGACGGCCGUACCACGGAUAUUGACAGCAUCCUAGACGUCAUCGCAAGCGCUGAAAAGUUCAUCCACAUCGCGGUCAUGGAUUACAUGCCCGUGACUCUGUACGAGAAGCCAGCAAAGUUCUGGCCUCGCAUCGAUGACGCUUUACGAGCGGCUGCUAUUGAGCGGGGUAUUGAGGUUCACCUGCUGAUCAGCAAGUGGAACCACACCCACCACGCCAUGUACAGCUACCUCCGUUCCCUGUCGGUGCUGCGGUCACAUUACGUGAACAUCCACGUUAAACUGUUUGAGGUGCCAGCUUUUACACCAGAGCAAGAGUUGAUACCCUUUGGGAGAGUGAACCACAACAAGUACAUGGUCACUGAUAACAAGGCAUACAUCGGCACGUCAAACUGGACGCCCGACUAUUUCAUCAACACCGGCGGUGUCGGUCUCGUUAUGGACCAGUCGGGAAACGAGACUUUGUCCCAGCCAAUAACGGAGCAGCUGAACUUGGUGUUCGAGCGAGACUGGAACUCUCCGUACGCGCGAUGGCUGUGAUUACUGCGGCACCCUUUUUAUUUCUGGGUCCCGCUAAGCUCAGGAGGAUGCUCAGUUGUUGCUUGGUGCAGCCGUCAAGCUACAAAGUUUGUUGAACCUGUUGGUGCCUGGAGAUAUGAGCGGAUGGUGUGCGUGAUCAACCGGCGUUUUUCAUUGGUGGAGUGAUGAAUGAAGGCUUCAUUCAACGACAGAUUCACUGCAGGCAGGCUUCUACAGCAGAUGUGAGAAGGGGUACGGGUUAAGUUUGUUGAUUGUUAUGUAACACAGCGUAUGUUCAUGCACCUACUAUUUAUUUGUCCAGCCCUAAUGGACUAUUUAUUAGCAACAGGUUUAGAGCCUGGUUCGAAGUAUCACUAUGCGAUACCCACACACCAGUUGGGAAUUGCAGUCUGAAAUCAUGCUAAACUAGCAUUACUUAUGGGCAGGAUGUCACGAGAAGUUUACUAGAACAUUGCUGAACUAUGAUGUUCAUUCGCUUGGAU